AUGCGCUUCACACCCCUCCUCCUCGCCGCGGCAGCCGCCUCCACCGCGAGCGCACAAGACCUGGCCUCCAUCGUCAACGGCCUCCUCACUAACAGCAACUUCCUCUCCCUGGCCUCAUCCCUCGCCACCGACUCGGGCUUCGCAUCCCUGACCUCCGAACUCGCCACCAUCACCGGCACCGACAUCCCCUCAUCGCUCUUGACCAACAGCGUCGUCCAGUCCCUCGAGAGCGUCCUGCUCGGCAACUCCGCCAUCUCAAGUCUGACGUCCGAGCUGGCCACCAACUCUGAGCUCAGCAGCAUUACUGGCGCGGCAAGCAGUCUCGAGAGCGCUGUGAGCACGGCUACGGACAGUGCUAGCAGUAUGGCCAGCAGUGCCAGCGAGAGUGCCAGCUCGAUGGCCAGCUCGGCUAGCUCGAGUGCGAGCGCGAGCGCAAGUGGAAGCAGCGGUGCGGCUGGACGGAAUGCUCCGCUUAUUGUGGGCGGUGGUGUUGCGGCUGGAGUGUUGGGGCUGGCUGCUUUCCUGUAG